ACAGUGCAUUGGUCAUCACUCACUUUUCCAUUCAAUUGCGUUGUCAUUCCUCCGCGAUUUCGACAGAUUUCGGCAAGGAACCUGAAGAAAAAAAUCAUGGCAGCUGAUCCAUGCAAUAUUUUUGGCUUUGAAUUACUCUACAAAUCUGUGGAGAAUCAGAUAAAUAAGAAAGAUGACGUGCUGAUAACUCUGGUGCACUGGUACUUUGUCAAAACUGGAUUUAGAUGCAUUGGCACUGGCGAUACGAAAACGUUGAAUCCAAGCGAUAUAGGAUCUGAAUUGCUACCUAAUGGCUGGAACCAGAACCCUAAUUAUGCUUUGCGUUACGUCAAGGAAGGAAAGUUGUACAUUUUGCUAGGCACAAGAUCAGAUGCCGAUUUAAUCCUCAAUCUGAUGCGAAUCGAAGACCACAGUGUGUCCAACAUUCAGUUUUCCAUCGACACAACUGUGUCUGCUCUGAAAGGGCCACUGCAGACGUUGAUGCCAAGUUUCCAAAGCGUCAUCAAUACCAUCAGAACAAACCUGGUUGACCCCGUUUAUACAGGAAACGCAAGAGAAACCUCGACCCAAACCUCCACAGGCAAUGUGAAUCACGAUAUUCCACGCCGUCCAAAUCGCUCGGAUUACGAUCCUCUCAGGGUAGGACCGCCACAAAGACCAAACCCAGAUCUUCCUAAUUGGCGUCCGCAGGCUGACCCAAGAGGAGUUGGAAGAUCAGAUCUGGAUCCAUUCGCAGGGCCUCCAGGCAGCGGAGGAAUGAUCUUUGACCCUUUCUCAGUCGGCCCAUUUGGUCGAAAUCCAUUAGGACCCGGAGGUGCCGGAGGUUUGGGAAUGCCUGGCCGUCUUCCCCCCGGUGCGGUGCCGCCAGGAGCUCGUUUUGACCCCUUUGGACCACCGGACGUAAAUCUUCCUCGACCCCCCAGGGGGGGGCCUGACAAUGACCAUUUACCACCGCCAGGGUAUGACGACAUGUUCAUGUAAAAGACGAGGUUUCAAGAGUGUCCAGUGAUGGCUGGAUUUUCGGUUACUAAAAUUCAACGUUAAAGAAUAAGAGCUAUUUAACACUUAUCUGUGUAACAAUAUUUUUUUU